AUGGCUUAUGGUCUUCACAAAAUGGGUGUUUCACAGGGUAAUGUUGUUUUGCUUUUACUUCCCAACUCAAUUUACUAUCCCAUUAUACAAUUAGGUGUUAUGUAUCUAGGUGCUGUUGUUACACCAUUGAAUCCUGUCAGUAGUGUUGCUGAAAUUCGUAAGCAGGUUAAUGAGUGUGGUGUGAGUUUUGCUUUUACUAUACCCGAAUAUUUUAAGAAACUAGAGCCAUUCAACAUUCCAAAUAUUAUUGUGCCAGAAAAUGAAAAGGAUUUGAAGCCAGUUAUUAAACAAGAAGACACUGCUGAUAUAUUGUAUUCUUCUGGUACUACAGGUGUUAGCAAAGGAGUUGUUUUAACGCGUAGAAAUUUAAUUGCUAUGGUUGAACUAUUUGCGAGGUUUCAAGCUUCUUCUUCUUCUUCUUCCAAAAAUGUGUUUCUAGCUGGUUUACCAAUGUUUCAUAUAUUUGGUUUAUCGCUCACUACUACCGGAUUACUGUCGUUGGGUUCUACGAUUGUUGUAAUGAAAAAAUUUCAAAUUGACGAGGCUAUUAGGGUGAUUGAUGAAUACAAUGUUACACACUUUGAUGUUGUUCCACCCAUGUUAGUGACAUUGACAGAAAAGGCGAAGCGGGUUAAUGGAAGUAAGUUGCUGAGUUUGAGACGUGUUUUAUGCGGCGCCGCGCCUUUAACCACAACAAUUAUAAAUGAAUUUUUCCAAGUUUUCCCUAAUGUUGAUUUAAUACAGGCUUAUGGAAUGACUGAGUCUGCUGCAGUAGGAAGUUGCUGCUUCGAUAGUGACAAGUUUCACAACUAUUCUUCAGUAGGAUUGUUAGCUCCAAACAUGGAGGCAAAAGUGGUAGACGUGAACAAUGGUGCACUUUUGCCCCCAGGAAGAAGUGGCGGGCUUUGGUUGCGAGGGCCUUCGAUUACGAAAGGAUAUUUAAAUAACGAAGAAGCUACGAUGACAUCAAUUGAUAAAGAUGGCUGGCUUAAUACCGGAGAUAUUGUUUAUUUUGAUGAGAAUGGAUAUUUGUAUUUAUGUGAUCGUUUGAAAGACAUGAUCAAAUACAAGGGCUUUCAGAUUGCUCCUGCUGAUUUAGAAGCUGUGGUAUUGUCAGCUACGAAUGAGGAAGGUCGAGUUAAAGGGGAGAACUCCAUUGAACAUGUCACAUAUGAGGAAGAUGCUAUUGAUGCUGACGACAAUGAUGAGAGACUUACUAAAUCAUCUAAUGCUUCUGAUAAAGCAUUUGAGGUCUUACUUACUAUGCAAGGGAAACAACAUAUUGAAUCUUCUAGCAAAGUAAACAAUAUCAAGCAUCGUGACGAAACACCGCCUGAUGUUCGAGUACGGAAACUAAAGGAUCAGCUCAUCCAAGCUAAAGUUUAUCUUUCCCUUCAGGCAGUUAGGAACAUUCCCCAUCUCACUUGGGAACUUCGGCUACGGGUAAAGGAAGUUUCACGAACAAUUGGAGAGGCAAGCAAAGAUUCUGACUUGCCAAGGAAUGCAAAUGAGAGAAUGAAGGCAAUAGAGCAAUCAUUGAUGAAAGCAAGGCAAAUUCAAGAUGAUUGUGCCACAUCCGUGAAGAAGCUUAGGGCUAUGCUCCACUCAUCAGAGGACCAGCUUCGCGUGCACAAGAAACAGACCUUAUUCUUAACACAGUUGACAGCUAAAACACUGCCUAAAGGUCUCCAUUGUCUUCCGUUGCGCCUUACAACUGAAUACUAUAACUUGAACUCUUCUCAGCAACAAUUCCCCAAUCAAGAGAAGUUAGAAGACCCUGGACUAUACCAUUAUGCAAUAUUCUCAGAUAACAUAUUGGCCACAGCUGUUGUUGUGAAUUCUACUGCUGCCCGUGCUAAGGAUUCCUCCAAACAUGUUUUCCACAUUGUAACUGAUAGGCUCAAUUAUGCGGAAAUGAGGAUGUGGUUUUUGGCCAAUCCACCUGGAAAGGCGGCAGUUCAAGUUCAAAACAUUGAAGAUUUGCAUGGUUGA